UGAAGAAUUUAGAUUGUAAAGGAAAGAUUAUUACAUCUUUUAUUUAUAUAUAUAUAUAUAAUGCAAUUUUACAUAUUUAUCAGUGAUUCUCUUGAUGUGAUGUUUUAAAUGGUUGUAGACCUUAAUCAGCUUCUAAUGGAUUUUUGUGUUGCUAUAAAGCUUUCAGAAAAAAAAAGGCAUUUGCACAAGCAGCUUUUUUCUUUGAUAUUGAUAUUACUAGAAAUAAAUAUUUCUUAAAAUGAAAAUAAUGUUCACUUUGCUCUAACACGCAUUUAUUAAUGAACUGUCUGCUCUACAAAUAAAGUGAGUUGUCUAAAAUUAACAAUAAGCUUCACUCAGGUCUAAAAAUACAAGUCUAUAAUAUACAUAAACUCUACUUUAUUGUUCCCAGAACUGCUUUUCCUAUAGUUCUAGAGGACAUGCUCUAUUUCUAACUAGUAAAGGUGAAUGAUACAGCUGCUUUAAUGUUAACUUUAAAUGUUUGCAAUCUCAGAUUUGCAGUGAUUACUUAGUGCAACUGCAAGGUUUUUAUUCCCACAUUCUUUGCACCCAUAUCAGUAGCAGAUGUGUAUGUGUUUGCCUGAGGAUUCAGGAAUGUUUUCUUGAGUGUUGAAUAGUUUGUGAUAAACCUGUAAAGAAGAGCUCCUGCGUUUGUCCUGCCCUUUCUGUCCAAAACCUCUCUGUGCUGGGAAGGCAGGGCCCUCUGGAAGGCAGCAGUGCUUUGCCCAAUCUGUCCCUUCCCAUCUCCUGGGGGAAGCUGGUGGCCACUGGAGCCAAGUCUGUCCCCAGCCCCCUGAGAGAGAUGCAGCAGUGACGUCUGCCAAAUGCAGCGCUGUGUGCAAGAAUUGCACCCUGCCCAGAAAAGAUGAGGAAGGGCUUGUGCUCUGCAAUACCUGGUGAGCAGUUAGGCCUGAUGCUGCAUUUAGAGGAGGAACUGCUGCUGCAGAAAAUCCUUUCCCUGUGAUUGAAUAUGAUCAAAAGCAAAAUUUUCCAAUCCCUGCCUCUUCGCUAGAGCUGACACUGCAGUGUCCAAGGAUGCUUCUUCAAAGUAGGGAUGACUCCCAGAGGAAAGAAUCUCCUUCUUUGCUGCCAGGGCAGGUGCAGCACUGCGGCAGGAACAGGAUCUCUGUGCCUGUGCUUCCUCCACAGAAGUGGGUCGCUACAUAAGCAGAAGGAAUGCUCAGCAGUUCCUGCACUAGCUCUGAACUGCACUGCUUCAGCCUGCCAGGGGACAGGAAAAAAACAUCUCUAAAGAGCUCAUUAUUGGAUGCCAAUAUGAAAACAGGAAUCUACAUACUUCUCUUAAGUGGAAUAUGUUUUGAAUUCAUUCAGGCUGGUAUCAAACCUAAAUUUCCAAAGGAGGAAAAAGAGAGUAAUUUCUUGGAAAGAUAUAACAUCAGUAUUUCCAAAGAGUGGUACCAUCACAAAAAUAUCUCUAAGCCUUUUGAACACCAAGGUUUUGAAGACCAAGGUCUUGAAGACUUCACUCUUCACAACUUCACUGAAAAGACUGCAAAUUUCGGAUUUAACCUCUACAGAAAAAUUGCAAUGACACAUGAUAACAAUGUAAUCAUCUCUCCAUUUUCUGUGUCAGCUCUCAUGAGUGUCUAUAUGAUGGCAGCCAAAGGAGAAACACACAGACAAAUUGUAAAAGGUCUAAACCUCCAUGCUGUGAAGGACAGAGUGGAUCACCAACAUUUACCAGCUCUGUUUAAACAACUGAUAGGUAACAUCACAAUGAAUGAAGAAUUUCUCCUCAUGCAAGGUGUUCUUUCUUUUAUUCAAAAGGACUUCAGACUCAAAGAGUCCUUCCUGAAUUUAUCUAAGCAGUACUUUGAUAUGGAAUUCCUGAAAGUGGACUUUGAAAACUUAACACAGGCAAAAUUUUUCAUCAAUCAAAACAUUAACAAAAUGACCAAAGGAAAAAUCCCAGGGCUUUUUGAAGAGCUGGACCGCCAUAAUAAACUGGUGCUUGUGGACUACAUUUUCUUUAAAGGCAAGUGGGUCUAUCCAUUUAAUUCCAAAUUCACGGAAAUUGAGACUUUCCACAUAAACAAAUACAGAAGCGUACAGGUACCCAUGAUGUUCAAGUCAGACAAAAUUAAUUCCACUUUUGAUGAGAACUUAAGAUGCACUGUGAUAAAGAUACCUUACAAAGGGAAUGCCCACAUGCUGAUUGUUAUCCCAGAAAAAGAGGGAGACUACAUUUCAAUUGAAGACCAUUUGACUACAGAGCUUGUGGAAUCCUGGCUUGGAAACAUGAAAACCAGAAAAGUGGAUAUUUCAUUUCCAAAGUUUAAACUAGAACAAAAAUACAAAAUGAAGAAACUGCUUCAAAGUCUUGGAAUUAAAAAGCUCUUUACACGUUCAGCAGAUCUUACUCAUCUGACAGAUGAUGAGUAUGUAGCAGUUUCACAGGUUGUCCAAAAUGCAGUUAUUGAAGUGGAUGAAGAAGGAACUGAGGCUGCAGCAGCAAGUGGCUCAGAAAUAACUGCAUUCACAGUGCCUCCUGUCAUCAAAGUGGACCGGCCAUUCCUCUUCAUGAUUUUUGAAGAAACUUUUAAAACAUUACUGUUCAUUGGCAGGGUGGUUGAUCCAACAGAAAGGUGAAUAAAGGUAACAGUUUCUAUUCUUUGGUAUGUAAGAAGCUUUAUUUUUAAUAAUUUAUUUUAUAAUAAAAAGACACUGAAAUAUGAAAUGUGAAAACAUGUUCUGUCUCUCCUAGCUAGCACUAGGUCACAUCCUAGCAAUAUUUUAUUAAUGCCACACAACAAGCUAACUUCAUUAAGACUCAAAACAACAAAAUUGUGACUUGUAAAAUCUACCUCCGGUAAAAGACAACCUAACAACAACAGAAGUAAAAUUACAAAAAUCAGUAUUUUAGUGAUAAAUCUGAAAACCCCAGACAUUCAAAUGCCAAAAUAUUCAGGAAGCUCACUGCCAAACACUGCAUAUACCUCAAUGCUAUCUUCUGUUACAAAGAAACUGAAGAGCCCAGUGACCUCAACGUUAGCAGAAUUUUGCCAGUUAUAAGAACAGAAGCAGUAUCAAGGCCUAAAAGAGAAUUUAUAAGCUUUGUGUAGAGAUCUUUAUUUUA